AUGGCUCCUCAAGAGCUGGCUCGUUCAAACGUCGGCUUUGCUCAAAGAGAGCACGACGUGCUAUCACUAUUAUCCAUCUUCGUGCACACGCACCAAAGUCUCUCAGUUGGGCUUCGCUUACUCGGCACCGUUCUAGACGACCAGACGUUUUACAUGCCCAACGCUGUUAACUGUGGCGGCUAUUUUGAAGUGUAUCUGCUACCCUCCAAAGACAUCCUGGAAGCUGACCUUCUCGGCGGCAAAGAGUUUAUCGGAUCGUCUUUACCUGACACUGUUGCUGUGAAAUGCCCAAGGAUAAAGGGCAAGUUAAAUGACAGGAGGAACCAGAAACUAUGGACCUCCAUGGCCAUGGAGCUCCAGAUUUUAAAGCACAAACAAAUCAUGAAUCAUCCCAACAUUGUUAGUCUCUUUGGCGUGUGUUGGUGGUCAGUCAAAGGAACACACAUGCCGGCAUUUGUACUGGAAGCGGCCUCGUCGGAUUUGCACAGCAUGGUGAGCAAUUUCUGCUUCACAAUCGACAAAAUGACCACCAGAAAGAUUUUGGGCCUGGCAGUCGACAUCUCAUGCGGUCUUUCCGCGCUACACGACCUUGGUAUCAUACACGGGGACAUGAAGCCGCAGAAUAUUCUGAUAUUCGAAGACGACAAGCUGGGUUACAUUGCGAAACUCACUGAUUUCGGCUCCUCUUUACUCAAGACAGACAUCAAGGACCCAAUCAAGCUGGCGUACAAUACCGACAUCUGGCAGGCUCCAGAGUGCCAUAAAGCGUUAAACGGUGACCAGCUCAUGGAAGCUGAUACCUUUUCUUUGGGCCUUGUCUUGUCGUAUAUGCUAAGCAGAGGGUUCAUGCUGGAACCUCUUACCGAAAUUGAGGAAAGUGAAAGUGACGAUUCCUCUGAGGUGUACACCAUAUCUGCGCAAAUUGCAUCUCAUUCCAUACGAAGCAUAUUUGGACCUGCCCUGGAAGCGCAAGAGGAAAGACUUUACGGCCCGAUGACUGCUCGCAAACCUGCGGGCUGGCCGGACCCAGACGAAGAUCUUGACAAGUUUGACGAAAAUGAAAGCUACAUGUCGAUUCGCAAAAUUCAGCGAGGUUUGAUCAAAGCGCUUAUCCCAUCACUCUUCGAGCCGUCUCUCCGUCCCAGUUCCAAGAGCAUUCACAAGAACAUCAGAAUAGUGCUAAGCUGGCUUCUUCGACGAGACAUGUUUUAUCCGCUCAUGUCUCUGGAGGAUCCGUUCACGCCGGAACUAAUGAGGGCGUCAAAGUUUAAUGAUCAGGAGACGGAUGUGUUGCAAAACCCAGAUUGCGAAGCCACUGAGGAAGACAAGGAGAGGGUCUGGCAGUAUGCGCAGUCUAUGGAGUGGCUCGACAGGUCGUUUAAGACUAUCGGAACGUCGAGCGAUCUUCCGGAAAUGGGUGACAUCACCCGCCCUCAGGCGGCACAUAGAAUCACUGCUUCACUCAACACUUGGGCACAGAGUGAAGCCCCUCCGCCUGAGGAUAUGCGAAAAGUCCGCAACCCCUUUGCAGUUGUAGAGGCCGAGGCAUCAUUUGGCACUCUGCGUACUCUGCCCAAUCGAGUGCUGACGCAGAUACUAGGAGAAAUGCAAGCUGUUGCGUAUAACGAGAGCGAGUCUAGCUCUCGUCGAGCAGAGGCGGCGUGGCAGUGUUCCAUUUUCAACCUCAUGGCAGCCCAAGUCUCUGACGUGUGCUCAAACAAUCCUCACAUGGACUCGACUCUCAGUCUCCUUCUUCUGGCUGCAAAUCUUGGCCACUGGAAAGCGCAGAGCAUUUGUGGUUGGUUCCACGACCUUUUUGGCGGGUCGUUGCCUGUGGGCGAGGACAUUGAGAUUCAGUGGCUUCAUGAUGCCACUUGCAAAGGGAGCACGACGGCUCGAAGACGACUUCAGCACCUCAAUUCCGAUGCCUAUGUCACUGCUGUCGACGAAUUAAAAUGCUGUUUCGGGGGCAUUGGGGUCGAAUUACCACGAGAAUGGAACACCUACAGCGACGAAGAUUUCCUCAUGCUUAUCGAAUACCAACAACGCGAUAUUGGCAACUUCCUCCAACUAGCUGCUACGUGUGGGCGACUCUCACUUGUAAAUACCAUUUUCGAAAAGUACUCAAGCGACGUGGACAUUAAUUUUCGCUUUCCAGGGGAUGAAACUGUUCUCCUGAAAGCCUCUAGAUCCGGACACUUCCACGUCGUCUUGACUCUCCUCGAUCACGGCGCAGACGCAUCACUCUCCAGCGAAGAAGGCGCAACGCCAUUGCAUUUCCUAAGCGCCUUUGAUGAGGAUAAGAUACCAGCUGUUGCCGAUCGACUGAUGGCAGCCGGGGCUAGCCUGGAAGCUCGGUCAAACAACGCCCAAAUCUUCAAGACCACCACGGAGUCCUUGUUCGGCAUGGUGGACGGAACACCGUUGACUUGGGCCGUCUCGGCAAACAACCUAACCGCAGUACAUGCCCUUCUUGAUCUCGGCUCCGACCCGUUCGACGUGACUGGACGGACAGCAAGGUACAGCGACUGUUGGUCCAACAACAGCCACGUAUCUCCGGCUUGGACUGCCGCCGCCAAUUUCCAGCAUGAAAUUCUGGAGGCUUUACUGAAGAAGGCGGAUAACUGUGCCGAGAAAUUAAACUACAAUGAGCGCUGUUUUGGAGAAAGCCAAGAGUUGAAAGAUCCGUAUACACUGCUAGGCUGGGUUGUAAACGGUUGCGAUGGCCACAGCAUUCGAAGAUUACUCCUCCACGGGAAACAGUAUUCGUACGCUUUCCAGCAAACGUUUGAUCUGUGUUUGAAGUUUGGGGCAGACCCCAACAGUGUGAAUCGGGAGAAGUUGCCCGUUAUCCGUCCAGCCAUUCAAUGGGGUCAGCCUUAUAUCCUCGAGUAUCUAAUGACGACGCAGGAAGGCAGACUUAAGCCUGACAAGUCCGAAUGGCUGCAUGGUGUUGUAGUUGCGUUGGCUCUUCAGGACAACGCUACACUUGACAUUUUGCUGAAGUAUUCUCGGGAAGAUGAACUUAGUCCAGACGAUUGGAGCAGGUUCUUUGCCACCACAAAGUCUCUGCCAGAUGAUGUCAAGGUCCUCGAUCGGUUUCGCAAGUACCGCGACCCCAACAUGGAUUUCUUCCCGCACUUUGGAAAUGCGCUGCUAGCUGGAAAGUACGAGCUUGCAAAAUUCCUUUAUCAGACAGGCAAGUGUGAUUUAAUGACCAUGGAUGACGGUCGGUCUCUUCUCGGGAGACUCAUAAUCUCGUCAAAGGUGUACCGAAACGCGAGCCUCCAUGUCGCUGCUUUACUUCGUUUAAACCCACCCGACGAAGUGUACUACAAUGUCAUGGACCUGAUGGGCUCGAAACUCACGGCCCUCCAAGCAGUGGUAUACAUUCAAGAGUACCGAGAAGGCCACAAAGCAACGACCGACAUCCUUCAAGCCAUCUUACGCAAAAAGUCUGACCCCGAGUUCCUCAACCGUCGGGUGGAAUCUGGACCGUGGCAAGGCAAAACCGCCCUAUACCUCGCCGUCGAAUCAUGUAAUUUGGACGCCGUCCAGUACCUCAUCGAUACCAAGAGUCGACAGCUGGAUUUUUCCACGCUCGACAGCAAUGGACUCAGCUUAAUGGACCAAGCUGCACUGCUGAUGAAGAACCAGAAAAAGAACCUGGAGCUGUGGGAGGUGCCCAGUGAGAAGUGGCGGGACGCGGAUCUAAAACACUUUGAGAAUGCAAUCGUCAUAGCUAGGCUUCUGUAUCGAACGAAGAAGGCGAAGCCUAAUAGGGUAUUACUCUCUGUCACAAGGAUUGACACAGAUGAUAUUCAGGCAAUUUUGUACGGACAGAAUGAACAGCUUGUUAUUCCGUGCAAGAUUUCAGAGUUGAGGACGGCCAUCGAGAGCGGACAGCUAGACUUCGAGAACCGGGUGGAAAGUUCUGAUCCGCAACGGCAGCAGUUUCAGUUUGUUAUGAAGGCGUUGAGGGACCAUGGGCUGAAGCUGGGGCUGAAUGAUUCGGUGUUUGCGUAUACUCAGGAGAUAAACUCGGAGGAGGGUGAAGGGGAGGGAAGCGCAGAUCCGGUUGAUCAGUCGGUGGGCCAGGAUGCUUAUUCGGAGUUUGUUAACUCUGUGAAAAAGCUUAAGCUGUAG